AUGGUUCCAAAACCAACCGGCAAAGGCGCGAAGAAGGCUGUCAAGUCCACCAAGGUGGCCAAGACCGAUGGAAAGAAGCGCAGAAAGGCCAGAAAGGAGACCUACUCCGUCUACAUCUACCGUGUCUUGAAGCAGGUCCACCCCGACACUGGAAUCUCAUCCAAGGCCAUGUCCAUCAUGAACUCCUUCGUCAACGACGUUUUCGAAAGAAUCGCCGCCGAAGCUUCGCGAUUGGCCCAGUACAACAAGAGAUCCACCAUCUCGAGUCGCGAAAUCCAGACCUCGGUCCGUCUGAUCCUGCCUGGUGAGUUGGCCAAGCACGCCGUCUCCGAAGGUACCAAGGCCGUCACCAAGUACACCUCGUCCAAGUAA